UUAUCAGCUGUUUCCUCUCCGAGGACGCUCCUCUUUGCGGACCUUGAGCGGGGGCACAUCGGGUUCACAGGGUGGUUUUUCUUUUUCUUUUUUUUUUCUUUCGUUUUUUUUUUUUUUCUUUCCACGAGCUCACACGGAAAGAUGACGUUAAAAUCCAAUAAAAACGAACCUGCCGUCAUACUGGAGUCUGUGAGCAGCGUCCGGACAGCCCUCUCCGAUCUGUACCUGGAGCAGCUCCUCCAAAACAAACCAAAGUCUGACAAGGCGGCUAUGCAGACAUAUGAGAAUAAAGGCGCUGACGUAUACACCAACGGGAGUGCCGGACACAUGAACGGCGCAGAGCUGACCAGGAUGAAAGAAGUGGCGUUUGAGAAGAAUCCCUCCGAGCCGAUGGGAGUCACUCUGAAGCUCAACGACAAACAAAAGUGUACCGUGGCCAGAAUACUGCACGGGGGCAUGAUCCAUAGACAAGGGUCCUUACAUGAAGGGGAUGAAAUCGCCGAAAUCAACGGGAGAAGCGUGACGAACCAAUCUGUCGACCAGCUGCAGAAGAUCCUGAAAGAAACCAACGGAGUCGUCACGAUGAAGAUCAUUCCCAACCCGCAGAGUCGAUCCCAAGCCUGCGAGAUGUACAUGAGGGCUCAGUUCGACUAUGACCCCGCCAAGGAUGACCUCAUCCCGUGCAAAGAGGCGGGCCUGAAGUUCCAAACCGGUGACAUCAUCCAGAUCAUCAACAAGCAGGAUCCCAACUGGUGGCAAGGCCGAGUGGAGAGCAGCGCCGCCGACUUCGCCGGGCUGAUUCCCUCCCCGGAGCUGCAGGAAUGGAGGGUGGCGAGUAAAAGCAAGGCCAGAGAGGGCAGCCAGUCCUGCAGCCCGUUCGGGAAGAAGAAGAAGUGCAAAGACAAGUACCUGGCCAAGCACAGCUCGAUUUUUGACCAGCUGGAUGUGAUUUCCUACGAGGAGGUCGUUCAGCUUCCGGCUUUUAACAGAAAAACUCUGGUGCUUAUCGGUGCGCCCGGUGUAGGAAGGAGACACAUCAAAAGUGCACUCCUGACCAAAUACCCUGAUAAAUUCUCCUAUCCUGCACCGCACACCACCAGACCCCAGCGCAAGGACGAGGACAACGGACAGGAGUACUAUUUCAUCUCCAACGAAGCCAUGACCAAGUCCAUCUCCGGGAACGAGCUGCUGGAGUACGGCAGCUUCCAGGGCAACAUGUUCGGUACCAAAAUCGAGACCAUCCAGAAGAUCCACGAGCAGGGCAAAAUCGCCUUGCUGGAUGUAGAGCCACAGACCUUGAAGGUCUUGCGGACCGCCGACUUCGCACCUCUCGUGGUGUUCAUCGCUCCCACCAACACAGCUGCUCAGACGGAAAACCUGCAGAUGAUCCAGAAAGAGUCGGACACCAUCUCGACCACGUAUAGACACUUCUUCGAUGUGGUCCUGGUCAACAACGACGUGGACGAAAGCGUGAAAGGCGUGGAGGAGGCCAUGGAGCGCGCCACCUCCACCCCGCAGUGGGUGCCUGUAUCAUGGGUGUACUGACCGCUGGUCCGGCCCCACCGGUAUAACACCUGUUUGUUGAGAAGCAGUGCAAUAUCACUCCUUACACAAACCCAGUUAGUGAUGUCCCAGGUGUGUGUGUGUGUGUGUGUGUGUGGGUUUACUUUUGGUUAACUGUCACUGAGAUUUUUUGCACAGAUUUCAUCCAUAAAAUAAGCAAUAUGUAGAAUGGUUGACUUUUUUUGGUAGAAAUUUGAAAACCUCACCGAGGAUGUUUUCUUUUCUUUUUUUUUUUUUCUUUGGUUGUUUUAGACGGUUUGUGCUUCAGGCUUGUUGGACGGGUGACGGGAUAGUUUUGGUGCUGUGAUUGUUGGAACGUGAGCGAAAAUGCAAAAUAGGACCACAACUGUGAAUGAAAUCCUCACUUUUAGAAAAAAAAACAAAACAACAGGGUUUUAUCAUGUGAAGCAUUAUGUCCUUCUUUUAUUAUUUUUUUCCUGUUCUCGCUAGAUUGUGCCAUGAAAUUGAGAUUCUGCAACUGUUUGUGCAACCCUUCCCCCUCCCCCCGUACAGCGAUAAUGUCUUGAACACCAAACGUUUGAAGUCAGUCAUUAAAUAACCUCACGUCUCAUCUCAUCAAGAAACUGUAUACCUCAUGGGGUACUGUAAAGGCACUUUUAACCAGAAAAAUAAAAUUUCCCAACUCUGUU